GAAAGAUUUUGUCAUUCAAACAAUGGAUCAAUUGCAGGAAGAGAAUCACCGUCUUCGUCAACGAAUUCAGGAACUUGAAUCCCAGUUGGCCGAGCCAAAAGUGGAGACGGACAAUGUACCUCCUUUUCAACAAGUGGACAAACUCAGCAAUGCUGAGAUUCGGCGCUUUGGAAGACAACUGAUUCUUCCUCAUUUUGGCAAAGCAGCUCAACUGAAAUUAAGGAAUACUUCCAUUCUUGUCGUUGGAGCUGGUGGCCUGGGUUCACCAGCAUGCUUAUAUCUCGGUGCAGGAGGUGUAGGCAGGCUUGGUAUCGUGGAUCAUGACACUGUAGAUAUCAGCAACUUGCAUCGGCAAGUCAUUCAUACACAAAAUCGACGUGGAAUGAAUAAAGCUGUAUCGGCGAUGAUGAGUGUUCAUGCUAUUUAUCCCGACUGCGAAGUGAUUCCAUACACUUUUAGUUUGGAUAGCUCAAACGCAUUAGAUAUUAUCAAACAGUAUGACAUUGUUGUUGAUGCCACGGAUAAUGUUGCUACGCGAUAUCUGCUUAGCGAUGCAUGUGUGAUUGCAAAGAAACCGCUUGUUUCAGGAAGUGCCCUGCGGUAUGAUGGACAGCUUACGAUCUAUAACUACAAUAAUGGUCCUUGUUAUCGGUGCCUGCAUCCAGUUCCGCCGCCAGCAGACUCAGUUUCCAAGUGUUCGGAUACCGGUGUUCUCGGUGUUGUUCCGGGUGUGAUUGGUACUUUGGAAGCACUGGAAGCUAUAAAGAUUGCCAUCGGAGCAAAUGAAAACGAGGCACCUAGUUUCCUUAUUUUCAGCGCAUUAAGUUCUCCUACAUUCAGGACGAUGAGACUGCGCAAUAGGAAGAAGGAUUGUGAAGCUUGCGGUGAUACGCCAACGAUAACGAAAUUGAUAGAUUACGUUCAGUUUUGCGGCGCUUCUGCAUCAGACCAAAAUUUGGCUACACGGCUUUUAAAACCGCAUAAACGUGUCAGUUGCAAAGAUUACAAUGCUGUGUUGACUUCGGGCAAGCCGCAUCUGUUGUUGGAUGUCCGACCUGAGAUUCAAUACGAUAUUUGCGCUUUACCGAACAGCUGGAACAUUCCUAUCGACCAAUUACAAAAGCAGAUUGACAAAGUACAAUCCAAGAUGCAAGAAAACACAAUUUCACCUGAUGAUGUGUUUAUAGUGUGUCGUUUGGGGAAUGAUUCACAGCUGGCUGUGCGUAUGCUGGAGGACAGAGGCAUUAAGGGAUGCCGUGAUAUCAUUGGAGGACUGUUUCAGUGGUCUACCGACGUUGAUGCAUCGUUCCCUGUGUAUUAAAAAAAUAAAAUAAACAGCGCAUUCAUUUUCAGCAACUGUUCCGCGGCUUGAUGAUAUCCCCUGUAGAAAGAUGUUUUUAUUCCCUGCCAUUCGGACUUGUUUAUUUUUAUUUGAUUUACCAGUCAUUUAAGAUGGCCUUGGUGUAAAAAGACUAGGUUCAUCUGUUUAUAAAUUCAUUACUG